UUCCCCAUUAAACACCCGACGAACAAGAACCCUAGAAUUCGCCUCCUCUUUCCCCAAUUUCCCAAAUUAAAAUUUUUGAUGGCGGGAUAGAGAUUUCUCCAAUGUCCGCUUUGUCUUUCAGUCUCUUUUAGAAUUCAUCACUAUAGGUUACUCUCUCUCCGUUCCAUUGCUUCUGGAUUUCAUUUUCUUUAAGUUAUCGUCUUGUGUUCAGAAGUCUCUCUAAUUGUCAUUCUUCAUGUCCUGCGAAUUUAGGGUUUCACGAAUCAGAGGAAGUUUGAAGCCAUAUUGGUAAUCAUCUCAUAAGCUAAGAUGUCGUCAUCACCUUUUCCAAUCUUGGACAACCGACCAAUUGAUAAGUGGAAGGUUACGGAAUUGAAAGAAGAGCUUAAACGAAGGAGGCUAACAACAAGAGGCUUGAAGGAGGAAUUGGUUAGGCGUCUAGAUGAAGCCCUUCGUCUUGAACAAGAAGAGUCUGAGAGAAUCAACAGUGCUGCUGUUGCUGCUGCCGAGAAAGCCAAUCAAGAGGCUCAGAUGUUUUCCUUUACUGGAGGCAACAUUACACCAGAUCGUAAGCAAACCACUCCUGUUGCUCCAUUUGCAGCGGCAUUCAGCAAUGAGACAACUCCAGUUACAGCUGAGAAGCCCCCAGAACCAACUGAGACAAAGACAACAACUGAAGCUUCAGCUGCGGUUGAGACAACACCACCCCCGGUGUUUUCAGAACCAGAGGUUAACACAGUGCAAUUCGCUAGUCACGAAGAUGAAAAAGUUGAUGAUGUUAGAGGAGACAUAGCUGGUCUUGGUAGUUCAGCGAGUGAGCAUAUUAUUCACAACUCUCAACCAUUUAGUGGAGACAUAGCUGGUCUUGGUAGUUCAGCGAGUGAUCCAUUUAGUGGGUUGGAUGGUGGGGGUUCUAAGGCUCAACCAACAGAGGCAGUGCUUGAAAAUUCUGCUAUGUACAACCAGGUAUCUGAGGUCAUCCCCGUUACAGGGUUUGAGGUAAAAUCUGAUUGUAUUUCUACUGAUUCUGUGUCAAAUAAUGAAAAAAUAGAACUAAAGGAUAACAAAAUUGCUGAUAAUGUCAAAUUAGAACAAAAUGUUAAUAAGUCUCAAGAACCAUCAAAAGUCGCUGCCGAAUUGCAUCCAAUGGAUGUUGAGGCGCCACUUGAGCAGAAGAUAUCUGUUGGAGGUGGAGAUGACAGCAAUGCUGCAAACACAGAUAUGACCAAAGAUAAUAAUAUUAUCGAUGCAGGCGACUCAGAAAAGUUGAAUUUAGAUAGAAGUUCUGGUGAUGAGUCUAUGGAGGAUGAGCCAGAGACAAAGCAAACCGAGUCAGUUACAUCUGAUGAUAAGAGUGAGAAAAUUGAAAUGCUUUCUAAGGAGGAAACCCGUGCUGAUAUGGAUGCUGGGAAAGGGAAAGCCACUGAAAAUAAAAACCAUCCACUGGUGGCUUCUGACAAGAGAAAGCUUCCUGCUAAUGAUCAAGAAGCUGUUGGAAACAAUGAGCCUGCAAAGAGACGCCGAUGGAACUCUGAGAGUAUUAAAAUUCCUGAAGCACAGGCCAAUAAUAGCGCUGCACCCACUACAACACCAAGGUCGACUGGUCUGAAGCGCGACUUCUCAAGAUCUGACUCUUCGGUUAGUGAGGAUGGACCCAAGGAACGUGUGGUUCCUCCAUCUCCCAAGGAGCCUACAAAUUCCCUCAGGAUUGAUCGUUUCCUAAGGCCGUUCACAUUGAAAGCUGUUCAGGAGCUUCUGGGUAAAACUGGAAACGUCACUAGUUUCUGGAUGGACCACAUUAAGACCCAUUGCUAUGUAACAUAUUCCUCUGUUGAAGAAGCUGCAGCAACAAGACAAGCCGUGUAUAACCUGCAGUGGCCACCUAAUGGAGGCCGCUUUCUGACAGCUGAAUUUGUUGGACCAGAAGAAGUGAAAGCAAAACUGGAAGCUCCCCUGCCUCCUCCUCCUCAACCUCAACAUCAGACACAGGCCCAGGCUGCUUCCCGGCCACCUCCAACUGCUCUUCCACCACCACCACCACCUCUGACCAAACCACCUCCGGUCGCAGAACGUCUUCCUCCACCUCCUGCUCUAGCCCCUGAAGAACAGGAACCUCCCAUUGUCACUCUUGAUGAUCUUUUCAAGAAGACAAAAGCAAUCCCUAGGAUAUAUUACUUGCCCUUGUCAGAGGAGCAAGUUGCAGCCAAACUUGCAGCUAAGAAUAACAAGUGAUAUUGCCUGGUUUGGGGGAUUUGAGGUCAUUAUUUUCGUAGCAGGCUGUUAGGAAUUUAGCUCAGUGCGGACAAGAGUUGAGAACUUUGUUGAGUUUGGUUUGUUAUUUUUACUGUAGAACGCAGGAGAAGACUCUUCUUAUGUUUAGUAGACUUUGGUUUGAACCUUUGAUGACCGAACAGAGUUGCUUGGUACUGUGUGUUGUGGACCUCUUCUUCACCAUUUUUCUUUUACCUUUAUAUGAAUAAUCCAAUAUCACCAAA